AAUCUCGUAUUUAAGCGGGAACAGAAAUGAUAGUGCCGCCAUUUUGAUGGAUAAAAAAAUUGAAAAUAAACAGUGGCUUGUUGCGGGAUACUUUCCAUGUUAACAUCAUGGUUUAAUUCGUUUCGAUUAUUGGAAUAUUUUAUUUAGGUGAGUUUUAAUAUAAAGUUAGCUAAGCAUCCGUAUUUUUUUUUAACAGUACGUAAAAAAAAAUUUAAAAAAAGGUAUAAAAAUUACGAUCAUUCUUGUUACGACAUAUUUCACGUUGGAAAAGACGCCUGCUCGUCCGAAAAAUGGAGUAUUGAUGUCUCUCUACGCCACGCGAGCCGAAACAAAUGAGCCUUUGAAUUAUAUUGAGACAUGUAAACAAGUCAAUCGAAAAUGGCAGAAUAGGUAUUGGUGUAAUUUUAAUUAUCUGUUUAAAAAAUGCGUAUGUUUUUUGUUGUUUUUUUUAAAGAACAAUCUAAAAAAAUAACGCCUGAGAAGGGCUUGCUGAUGAAAGCCUAGGCCUAGGCCCUAGACAUAAACUGCUAAACUAACAAGAAUUGGCAAGAUAUAGCCUCAUUCAGUAGUGUGUAAGAAGUACGACAAGCUGAAUACCCGCACAGUUGGCAUAUCACAUCAGGUCACAUCAGAACUAGAUAAUGGCAUAGCGAGACAAUGUGCCACCCCGGGAAGCUUCACGUCCGCCCCCUCUCUAAAACUAUAUAUAAUAAAUAUAUAUAUAUAAUAAUAUAUACUAUUGACAUAUUGUAUAAUAUGUAGUGCUUUUUAUUUAUUUGAAUUCGAGUCUUGAAUGAAAUACUCCUGAUGGCACAUUAUAGGCUAGCUAACUGGCCGUCAACUCUACUUUAUUUUUAUUAUUUUAAGCCAAUAUUUUAGAAUUCAGUUCCAUGUUUCAUUUUGUCCUUUUUUAUUAUUAUCUGUCUUAGUACUCUAAGUAUCAACUAUCAAUAGUUAAGCCUUAAGCCCACAGGAUUUCAGUUUAAGGAGCCCCAGCCUGCACCUACGCCUACUACAAUCACUAUCUGAUAAUAAAUAGACAUUAUUAGACAUCAAUGUCAAUAUGCCCCCGUUGAUUGAUCCCAUAGUCUAAAAACUACAUAAUUAAACCAAGCAUCAUGCCAAGAAAAUAACUGCAAACACAUAAUUUUCAAAGUCAUAAUUGUAGUGCUGGAUUUACAUUAAUCCCAAAAUUCAGCAUAAGAUCAAAUCAUUAUUUAAAUACUAGAGAGAUUUAUUAGACUAAAAGUAAGAUGUACUUAUAAUUAUAUGCAUAAAAUUACAAUGUCUGCAUUUAAUGAUAAAUGGCUAAUUUUUCUAGGUCCUUACUUCUGAAAAUUGUUGUUUUAACAUUUUAAGUGGGCCUAUUUUUUUAACAAAUUUUUUAGUAUCGGGCUAUUCAUUGGCCUGCAUUUAGCCUCUUAUUUCAUGUCACCCCAUGUCAUCAAAAGAAAAUAUCUCUCUUAAGUGACUAUUAGGCCUAUCAUUGGCUUUUGCCCUAGUUGACGGCUUGUUUUGUUCUACUUCAGUCCUUUAUUUCUCCCAAUAUUUCUAUUCAACUGGGUCAGAAUAUUUAGGCUAAGUACAUUGCACAGAAUGAAGGCAACGUUCUUAGUCUUAGAGUUCAAGUAUCUCAUAAUGUGUGUAGUAAUUGAUGGUAAAAUUAAAUUAUUCCUUGCAUCUUUUCAUCCUUUGACUUGGCUGAAAAUAUGGCUCACCCCUAAAUAAAAAGAAAAAUUCAGCCACUGACAGGACCAAGCGCAGGCCCACCCCUCACCCCACCAUCCUUUUUUCCUAGUAAUCCUACACCACUGCUAUGGGGUGCUAAGUCAUGAAGAAACAAUGCCAAUGCACGGCUAAACCUGAAUAUUAUUUUCCAACUCUGCUAUAUUUAGCUGCAUAAUAGGACUUGGUCAACUUUUUAAUAUACUUUAGAAUUAUAGCUUAUUAUACGCUAGGGACCCUAGUGCUAGGGAUUUAUUUUUAUAUGCAAUCCUCAGGUAAGUGCAAAAGGGCCAUGAACCCAUGUUCUUUGAGGGGCCAAGAGGCCAUACUUUUGGGGUUAAAGUUUAAAUUAAAUGAUUUCAAGAAUAGUUAUACAGUGGAACCUCUCAUAACGAGUUUAAUUCGUUCCUGGGGUUAAAGUUUAAAUUAAAUGAUUUCAAGAAUAGUUAUACAGUGGAACCUCUCAUAACGAGUUUAAUUCGUUCCAGACUCUUACUCGUUAAGCGAAACUAGAUUAAGAUCGGUUAGUUAAUCUGCAAAAUUUUGCAACCCUGAUACAUUCAUUCAUUCCCCCAACAAUUAGUCAUGUGAGCCUUACUUUUAGUAAUAUUAUCUUUACUGUUAGAGUUUAAGACUUUAAAUUUAACAAAAUUUUAAAAAUUGACAUAUUUCUAUUUAAAUUUUUUAAUAAGGCAAUGUCAAGGAAUACUUUUCCCUUUUUAAAAAGAGUUCAGUGGUAGCGGUUUAGAAACGUAAUUAAAAAUUUAUUGCUAUCAAUAGUAUUUGUUACAAUAUCAGGAGUAGAGUUUGUUUUUAUGAACCAGCUUUACUUGCUGCUCAAAAUAUUUUCCAAUUUGAAAUAAUCACCAUUGAUCUUUUAUGUAAUUUACAAAUCAAUUUAUUCACAGAAUAUUUGGGAAAAUACGAAAUAGGCCGAAAUGUUUUACGCCAGUUUUGUGCUCAACAAAAAGGGGCCCCUGGCUCGAAUAUGGCUUGCGGCUCACUGGGACAAAAAACUUACAAAGGCACAUGUUUUUGAGACAAAUAUUGACAGCAGUGUGGAGGCCAUUCUCAAACCCAAGGUUGGUUACUUUGCUCACUUACUAGUUAUAUUAAUUUGAUCUGCCUUUUUUUAAACUUUGAUAAUGCACCAGUUUAUAGAUAAUUCUUUUAGAUAUUUGCUUAUAUAAGGUACUAAUCAACUAAUCUGUCACAUUUGUAAAAUGUAAAAGAUUUUACCAUUUCUUUAAAAGCAUCAUUUGGGUUGUUUUUUCAACAAGUUUUUUGGGGGAAUUUAUCAGGAAUAUUUUUGAUUUAAAAAAGAAAUGUAAUGCAGCUUAUCCAAGAGCACUGUUUUUGUAACCUUAUUCUUAGGUGAAAAUGGCCUUGAGAACAUCUGGUCACUUGUUGCUUGGUGUUGUCCGUAUCUACUCAAGAAAGGCAAAAUACUUGUUAGCAGAUUGCAAUGAAGCAUUUGUCAAGAUCAAAAUGGCAUUUAGGCCAGGAGUUGUUGAUCUUCCCGAAGAAAAUAGAGAAGCUGCUGUGGCUGCCAUCACAUUGCAAGAAAAUUUUCAUGACUUUGAGACGACUCUUGCAGAUUUAGAGUAAGUGCUGAAAUUCUAGAUUAUUUUUAAUAUAUUGACUUAAAAAAUUGAAGUUGAUGAAUAGUAAUUAGCAACUGGCUCAGAAAUUUGUCCUGAUAUUUUGACUUAAAAAUGUAAAAUAUGUGACUUUUCAGGGACAUUAAUGUUCAAGCACAGUUCUCUGUGAAUCAGAGUCGACCAGAGGAGAUUACUAUGAGGGAGGAUCUUGGUUCUAUCACCCUUAUGGGUGAUGAUGGCUUUGGUUAGUAUUGUUCUCUGUUACUCAAAUUAGUGUUGUUUUUCUUCCAUAAUAAUGAUUGUGAAAAUGAAAUUUGGAGCCUGUAAUAAAAAACUUAAUUAUUUCUAGCAGGGCUUCAUCACAAUCUGUUUUCUGAGGAAUAAUAUGAUAUAUCCUGAGAAUUAUAGGUGUUAUGUCAUUUUGUCAAUAAUUUUGUGUAAGUUUUGUGCUCUAACCUACUUACGAUUUAUGUCACAUGAAUGAUCAGCUACAUAUAGUUUAGCUUAAACUUUAUUUAUGUUUUGUAUUUGUGAAGAAUGUUCAAUAUUUUUAAUCAUAUAUUUAAUUCUGAAUAUAGUAAAGAGCCUUAGUGAUAUUAUAUGAGGUUGAGGUGAGUCCUUUGAUUUUAGCUUGGUUGAUUAUUAAAAAGUUUUCAUGCGUCUGAGAAAUAAAUGGUUGUUUUUAGUAAGGCAUACCCAAUGUCAGGGAAAUGUAUAUUGGGUGUGGACUGUUUACACAAUGUGAAAACUUGUAAGUGAUGAUAAGGUCACAUUGUUUGUUAUUAGCAUUUAUAUACAAAGUGAUAGGGAAAUUAUUCAAAUUUAAUUCUUUGGUUUUCUGCAAUUUUUUUUUUGUUUGUUUGGUAACUGAAUAAAAUUAAUUGUUGUGCUGAUGGAACCCACAUGUUAAGUGAGGUAUCCUGCUGAACCAAAUUUUGUUAACAAUCCAACUAUGUUUUGAGCAUAAUUUACAUGGAAGCACUUAAAAGUGACCCCCCCUGUCUCACUAUCUGAAAAAGACACAGAAUAGUAGUUAUAGAAAAUUAAGUUUUACAAACUGUAUUCAAUAUUGUAAUGACGAGUUUUUACUGGGAUUUUUUUUUUUUCUGUGACCACCGCUAAACUGCUAAGAGUAUCUAAAGCGUUAUGUAUAAGGGUGUCUAGAUGAAGUGCUUUUAAUAAUUGUAACAUGUAUGUAAGGUUGGUUUCUGUUAAAAAUUCAUAUCCACUUUUAACAAAAUAGAUGUUUGUGCUACAUUAAGUCAUAAUCAUUGAUACCAAACCUGGUCACUUGUGAAAGGGCUGAGGGAAAUGUUCUUUCAAAAUCAGAUAAAUGUUAUUAAUUGGAUAUAUAUUUUUUUCUCCAGUAUGUUGUCAUUAUAUAUUUUUUGUGUGAAAUAUUUCAUGUUAGCAGGACACAACAUGUGUAGAGAGAACAAUAUAUUUAAAAUAAAAGCAGUAAGCUGGCUAAAGCUAAAUUUAAAAAAAAUAAAUGACAUUCAAAACUAAGCACUUGUAAUUAGUGCUGUAAUGGAUAAAACAGACCUGUUUACUCUUACGAUUUGGUGGUACAAUGCAUUCUACACCCAGCAGUGAAUGGAUCCACCAAUACAAUUGGUGGGGAACCAUCUAUAAUUAUAUUAUGUUUGCCCCGAGUGGGGAAUGAAGAGGUGUUGAUUUAGAUUUUGUGUACAAAAAGAGGUGGGGUCUAAAUAUUUAAGUUAAUGACAUUAACACCACAACCUUUUUGUAUUUAUAGGGGGGGGGGGUCUCAGUAGAAAGUACAUACCCUAUUCAAAAGUUCUCCAAUAAUCAUCCUGAAAGUCGGAAAAUAAAAUAGUUAUAUCUCUAAUGCUGUAAAAAUAUCACUUAGUUUUGAAGGAAUUAUCAGCAUAAUUUUGCUAUGUAUUUUCACAAAUUUUCACUCGCUAAAUAUACUCAGAUAGUACUAAGUAAUUGAGAUAUUACCAUAAUAUUUAGUCCACUGUAUGUUCAACGUGCAUGGGACAUAUAUUUUGUUGGGCUUUUAAUUUAUUUGUUUCCCAGUGCCUAUGCCAAAUUCACGUUUUUAAAGGCUCUCGCUGUUCGAUUCUAACAAGUACACUUUGAAAAAUUGAAUACAAAUAUAAAAUAAAGGGUUGGGUCAAAAUAAAUAUAACACAUAUGUUGGUCAUACCAUCAACUGCAAAAAGUAGAUACUCAAGUGGGUUACUGUUUGCACCAUGACCGAAAAAUGUUACACUGGAUUAAAAAAUGGAAAUAAAAUUGUGUAAUAUUUCGCAACAUCUCUGUGAGGAAGCCGCUUUAACCCAUAUAGAAAAAUGUGCACCCCCGCUGUUGCACCAGUAAAAACGAAAAAAAUAUUAUUUUUAGGACCCCCGUAUUUGUAAAGUAAAUUGGAUUUUAUAGUUUAAUUCACUAUGAAAAACCUUUUUGGCGCAUGUUACUAUUCACCCCAUUCUCAUGGCCCUGCCUGAUGGCAACGAGCACCCAGUGUGAUGCAGCUUAUGUAUGUUCUGGGAGCAAGAAGCAUUCAGCCCUGGAAAAAAUGGGAGGGGGGGGAUAAAUUAUUGUACGUUCGUAUGAAGGGGGGUGUGACUAUUUUUAUUAUCUAUUGACUAGAUGGCUCCUGUUUUUUGCUGUUGUUUUUACAGCUAAACGUCAGUAGUCUACUUUUUACCUUUUGGGAACCUUUUUUUUUUUUUUUUACGCUAGCUUAAUUUGAUUUGAUCCCAAUAGACACGCGAUUCAUUUAUUUGCUAUUAGGAUAAUGUAUUGUAAAUUUUUGUGACGAUAUUGUACAAUUUUAAGAGUUUGAGGGUAAACAGGUCUUAUAAACUGGAGAGAAUCCAUGGCUGUAGUAAACUAUAAUUUCAUAAAAAGAGUGGUAUAUAAGAAUCACUUAUUUCUUUCACUUCCAUAAUUAUCAGGUCCUUUGGAAGAUGACUCACUUGGAGAACCCAUCACUAGCGACACACUGUCUCACAUUAUUUAUGGAGAGAAGAUUAGUUUUGUUCAACAUCCUCUAACUGAAGAUUAUAUUUGUGAACUAUUAGUAAAUGCUUUGACAUUUAAGUCGGCACAUAUCAGUUGUUUGCUGUGUAAAUUGUCUUCUCGUUUUGAAUGUGUUUGCAAACAUGACCCCAGAGGUUCAUACCUCAUUGAGCUGACUAAAACAAAUGGUGACAGAAGCACCCGCCUUGACAGCGGCAUUGAUGUUGAAAUGAACAAUAGCACCUGUGAUAUUUCCAUGUCAAAUCCAAACAUCUUGUUAACCUCAUCUUGUUAUUCACAUCAUUCCACUCCAGUGAAAUACUUAAAUGGCAGCUGUGAAGAAGCGUGUGGCGGUGAAAAUCUCCCUUGCCUUAGACAUGUUAUAUUAUCGCCAUCUACCUCAUCAACUGAGCCAUUAUUGUCUCCUAUCCCCAUCAGGAAGUCUUUAUCUCAGGAAAUCGAUUUCUGUGAACAAUGUGCCAACUGCCCUUGUCACAAACGUCAAAGUGCCUUUAGAAAGUCAAAAUCCAAUGCAGUAUUUGAGACAGAGAGGCCCCAGCUUGAUCAUUCCGAUAGUGGAAUCGGCUUGGAGUCUGAUCCUGGUUUCUAUGAUAUGGAUUCAUGUUCUGAGGAAGAAUGGGAUGAACCUGAAUCUGCUGAACAAAGAGUGCUUCAUUCUUUUCGCUUGUGCCAUCAUAAUCAUAAAGACCAUUUGUGUGCGGAAGAAAACUAUUCUUGUGCAGCUAAUUGCAACAAAGGUGAAUCGGCUGCCAAUCCCAAAGAUAAUAAAUUAAGUGCCAAUGAAUGUGAUAAAUUUUUGUGCAAUGAUGAACAUUUCCAUCGCAAUGUUAAACCUGCUAAAGAUAGUGAAUUCAUUAUCUGUGCUAAAGAUCCUGAACUGGAUGGGACAGUAACAAAAAAAUGUGAUAUCUACAGAAAAGUUGACCAACCUAGCAAGAAAGGCCAAGACAUAGGGGGGUUGUCCAUUGCCAAGGGUAAGAAGCUGCUUUCUUUGGGUCAAAGGUUGCACUUGCUUUUUUUCCCCACCCUUUCUCCUGUUUUAUAUGGGAGAUUCCAAUUGGAGUGUUGCCCCCCUAAUCUGUAAAUAGGAUCUAUGAGGUGGGACUAAGGAACAUUUGGAAAGGUGAACAAAAUAUAUAAACUGUUUUGCCUUUGACCCCCAUGAGAGUGGCUUUUUACCAAAAGGCACUUUUUUUUUUUUUUUUAAGCUUUAUUAAAAAAAAAAUUGUUGAUUAUAAUCUAUUUAGAUCAAUCUUUAUUACUCACACAUAGACAGAAGGAUGGCAUGUCUCCAAUUGGAAUCAUGAGUGUUUGGCGACUUGUCUAGUAGUGUUUGGUUUGCACAAAGCCUAAUCUUCUGUUUGUGUGUGUGUGUUGUCAUAGUUAUGCUAGAAGAGAAUCAUUAACAUUUCCUAUACCAUUGAUGAUAAAUUCCUUUCACCACCCCCCCACGGGGGAUAUGGCGGAUAGCUACAGAACUGGGCUCUGUUUGAUCUGGGCCCCACUGUGGUGGAUAGUACUUUGUGUUGGUGUUUAUUAAGAAUUCAAAAUAACAUUGAUACAUUUAAAAUUUCGGGUUCUUUAUCAGUUAAGUGUGCAAUACAGACACAAAAUUGCAUGCAAAUAAAAUCACUGAUGUUCCAAAUAAAUACAAGUGUCCAAUAAAAUCCUACACAUCUAUCACAAAAUAGUAAAUUAACAGGCAAAUAAAAAAUAGACCGCAAAAAUUUCACUCCUAUCACCACUAAAUCUGUCUAGCUCACAGAGGUACACAGCUUUUAUAGACAUGUUGUCAAGCCAAUGCAUAAUCCUACGUGACUGAGCUUGCUCUUGAUUUUAUUACAAAAGAAAAAAAUACAAACGUUAAGCAUUAAGUUGAGCUUAUGGCAGGCUUCAAUAUAAUUUUUGUGACUUAAUUGUUGGGUUUCUUUUUUUUUCAGUUAUGUAUGAUCAAUUUUCUAAAUUAAAAAAGAUAGAAUUCUUAGAUGAAGAAUUCAAGAAAAUUAAGUAGGCUUACUUUGAUAAAUCUGUAGUGAGAAUUAGAUGUGUAACAAUAUUUUUUUUUUACGCACCCAAAUUUCUUGUACCCACUACAAAACUGCUUUGGUGCUGAAAGAAAGUGCUGUAGUAAGUUCUGUGUGUGUUUUUUCCCCUUAUGUUGCUACCUGUCUUGUUGCUUUUUUUUUUUUAUAUAAAAGUUUUGAAUUUAAUUAUUUUAUUUUAAUAUUUCUUUGUUAAAUUAAAUGUUUGAAUUAUAAAUUUGUUCACUGUCACAUACACCAUAAUUUGUAUUGAUAAAAUAUGUUUAAACCAAUUAUUCCUCUCAUUAGGUGAUGUGGGUUUUGAUGACAGAGAAAUGCUACAUGAUGAAGACAAUAUGGAUGAUGGACUUUACAAGUCAUCUGAUCUUGAUCCCCCAAAAGAGGACCACCAUCCCCAAUCCCCGGCAGAUAAAGAAAAAUCAAUGGAUAUAGAUCUACCACCUCCUGUUGUUGAAGAUGGAUUUGGAGAUGGUUUUAUGGGUAUGUCCUGUAUUUAAUGUUAAACCUGUACUAUUACACUAUGUGAGCUUUAGUUUUCAAUUACUGUACAUUCUUGUUCUCAAACAUCAUCAUUCAACAAAACAACAUACAGUAAUGUAUAGGACUUGUGCUUAGCAUUUCACAAAAAUAGAUGACUGGUGCUUGGAAACAAAUACAUUGUCGCUGGUCAUUCAUGCAUGUACUCUGCUAAAUCAAUCAAUUCAGUUUGUGUGAGUGCAGAUCGCAGUUUGGUUACUGGUAUUACAUAUAGGACAGGUCUUAUAAAAAGUAACAAUCUGACUUAUUAUUUAAUCAUUGAAUGCCUCUACCAUGAUACUCUCUAAACACAGCCCAUAAUGACAGUUAUAACUAAGAGGACAACUUGGAACCCAAAUAUGUACACUGCUUUCUUUGGUUGUUAACUUUUUCUUGAUUGUUUUCUAUAAUUGAAGCGAUUUAGCAGGGGAAUAUAAAAAUAUGUUAUGACCUGCUCAUAAACACCCGCUAAUGAACUUAAAAUAUUUUUUUUUGUUGGGUUAAGAACAAGUGCACUGUAUUUACUCUAUAAAAAAAACGCUUGUGAACUUUGUUUAAAUGUAAAAAGUUUAACUAUGGAUUUAUCUAGUCUCUGAAACGUAAUGUAUUUACAGAUGAUGAUGAUGGUUGUGAUGAGGACAAUGAUGACAAUUUUGGAGAUAUUGAUCAAGAUUUCUUUGGUAAAUAUUAAACAUCUCUUCAUUUAUUGGUUAAAAAGCAUUUUUAAAUUUCUCUGGCCAGAUAUAAAACUGGCCAAUUCAUGAUUUACCAACAGGAUAAAAUAUUGGUUGCAAUAUUAUUGAAUAUUUGUUCAUUCUUGUUUAUCAGAUAUAUUUUAAUUUUUAAAAAAAUAUAUAUAUUAAUUGGGGUAUAGGGAUGCGUAAAACAUCUUAAACUCUUGUAUGAAGAGUUGUUUUUCAUAAGGAGCUGAGGGUCAUUCUUUUAAAAGUAAUGUAAUCAGGGCUUUUAUCUCACAUGAUACAGUGUCCAUUCCAGAGUCUAAAUUAUUCAUCCCCAAGACCUUCACUUGUCAUUUCAAUUAAAGUUUAAUUUUUAUUUUCAAUUGCUUUUUAGCACAAAAUUUUAUGGGGACAGGGGGGCUAUUUGAAGAUCCUCCCGCAAUGUCAAGUGUUAAUGGUGGACAAGAUGCAUCAGAGGCAGCGGCUGCAUCUCCUAAACGUGGUGAGUUGGUGGUCAAAUUUAUUAGACAUUGCUUCAAACCCCUUUGUAAUCAUAUAAUAUAUGGUUAUUAGGAAAUAUGAAGUAGCACAUGAAUCUUAGUGAAGUUUUGUACUACUUCUGUGACAUAUGGCAGAACAAACAAAUUAUAAGUAUUUUAGAACUUGUUGCAUUAUAUUUUUUUUACGCUAUGAAAUGUGCUUAAACAAUUUUAUUAAUAGGCAAGAAAGUUUACUUGAUGUUAUAAAAAAAAAUUCCAAUGUUUGUUCUAUAUAAAAAUAAAUUUUGUUUUUAGAUGAACGUGAAAAGAAGUCAAUGGGUGGAGAAGCUGAUGCAGAGGAUACAGUGCCACUCCAGGCUGCUGCUGCUGGUACCUCAGCUGUAUCGAGCACCAUGGGAGAGCAGACUACACUUGUUCAUAAUGAAGAAGAAGCAUUUGCCCUCGAACCCUUAGACAUUACUACAGUCCCAGGUAGGUACCCUAACCAUAAAUGAUGUACACUGGACUGUUUAGGUUAUUUUAAUUGUUUUAGGCAUCCUAAAUUAUUGCACCGUGAUGUUUUCAUUUUAUUAUUAUUUUUAAAAAUAUUUAUUUGACUAGCAUUAUAGCAGAAUUUAAAUGUAGCUUGAAAUAGAAAUAUGUUUUAUAUCUCAUUAUAUAACACUUACUAUUUUCUUAUGUUUGCUUUAAAAAUAUUAUUUAUGAAAUAAUUUUCUGUUUUUAUUUUAAAUGUCAUCCCCUUAUUUUAUUAGGCACAGAAAGAAAAGGCAAAAGGAAGCGUAAGCUUAUUGUAGACGAACAGAAAGGUAUUCCCAGUGAAACAAUGAAACUUCAGUUGUCCGACACAUCAGAUAUUGUUUCAGCUUUAGAUUUAGCACCACCCACUAAGAAACUUAUGCUCUGGAAAGAGACUGGAGGUGUUGAGAAAGUCUUUGUUUUACCUGGCAGACCUAUUAUUUCUAAAGUUCUUACUAAGGUUUGUAAAUCCCUUUUAUAUUAAUCUGCUGUAAGAAAAAAAAUGCUCAAUUUCUUGACGAUGUGUUUAUUUAUUGAACACAUUAACUAUAUAAAGAAGUCUAGCCUUCAAGCAAUAUUUGUUUUCCUGUUACUGAUUUAAUUUCCCAUGAUUCCAUAGUUGUUUACAAGAAACCUGGUGUGUCGGCCAGUCUCUGAUGACUUUGAACCUGGCUCAUCUAAAAUUGAUUUGGACAUGGCUCCUGAGAUAGCCAGAGAGAAUGAGCGCAACAGUACACUGAUUGAUGCUUCCAAGCAGAUAGAUAUGAGUACCAUCAUUGAAGAGUCUGUCAAUGUAACUGAAGCUUCUAUUGCGGUGGAGCCAUCAAUAAAUAUUUCAGACCUGUCUAUGUCAGGGCCGCCACCUAAAAGGUCGAGGACUAGGCAUGAGGAGCCAGCUGAAAUAUCUCACAGGUAGGUUUUGUUAUUGUCUUUUGGCCUUUGUUAAGAACUAAGUAUGAAAACUUUACUAAUCCCAAAAUACAGAACGUAAACAAUUUAGCUGUCACUUUUGUAAAUUUUAAUCUUGGUUAUAUUUUUUUACUACAAACCUGGCUAAAACAUGGAUAUUGUUUUUUAUAUACCGGUCCAAUCUAACCUUGUUUAUUUUGGUUCCAACAGGUCUGAAGAGAUUGUCCCAGACAACCAGUCUAUGUUUGACCAGUUGCCUGACAUCACUUUGCAACCCCAAGAAGACCCCACAAGCAUAGUAGCAACUAUUAAUCCUCUGUUAGAUGAUGGUCCACCAUCUGUUGCUCCAUUCUCAGUAGCUCCACCAUCAGUGGCACCACAGUCAGUUGCUCCUGGGAUGGUAAGCAUCUUGCAUUAAAUGAAGCUUUUAAAGGUCUAGCUAGGGGGUGGCCAACCCAAGGCAGCAUGCCGUGUUAAAUAUUGUGGCCUACCAACUGUAUCAUUAAUGCAUAUUUUAAAUAAUAUAUGUGCAGCACUUUUUUGUGAUGCGUGCCGCUUAGUAUACAGUCCCACUAUUUUUUUCUUCUUAUUUUUAAACAAAUUCCAAUUUAGUAAUCUCAAGUCUAAAUAUGAAUUUAGAAACAUUGGUAACUACAAAAAUUAAUGGACUGAUAUUAACAAAGCUAGGUAAAGGGCUUCAAAAUUCCACUAGCUUUUCUUUUGUUCUGUUUCAGUGAAUGAUGCAAAAGUAAAUUAAUGUAUUUGCCAAAAUGCAUCGCUGCAUAUUAAAAUUAUCCAAAAAAUUUCCUGGAGGCUUCCUAAUUUUGCUCGGGGGUGUUCUGGGGGCCUCCUUGGUUUCCGCUCACCCACAUAGAUAUAAUUAAUAAUAAGAAAAAUUGUAUACAUCGUUCAUUUGAUUUUUAUUUAUUAGGGUCUUUUACUUAUGGGCCGCAAAGAGUAAACUUGCUUGGCCACCCCUGGUCUAGAUUUUCUUUUUAACUCAUUCCUGACGGCAAUGUUACUUCCACACUUAAUUUAUACUUCUUGGAAAGGGAAUUACCUCUGUUUUGUAAUUGAUUUACAUUUGUAAAAUAAUUUUUUUAAGCUGUUAAAUAUUAAUUAAUUCUAAUGAGCUGAUGCUAAAUGGAUCCAGAAAUUAAUAAGGUUUAAUAAGAAAAAAUAUAACAUUAAUGGGAAACAAAUAACAAGCAUUGACCAAAAAAAUCAAUUUCUGGCACCUUGGAUGAACACAAGCUAGAUAAAGAUGCACCAAAUUAAAGCACCCAUCGGGUUUAAACUUCAGGUUUUUUACUUUAAACAAACCAUCACCAGGAGUGGGGAAUGACAUUAGGUUUCAUUACUAUUUUUAAAUCAAAAUGAAAGAGGUGCGCAAGAUUUCAUUGCUAUUUUUUUAAAAAAAAGAGGUGUGUUGCUAUGCUCCGGGGGCAUCCAUCAGAUCCCUCAAACGGUGCAUUUAGUCACAACUGUCAGAAUUGGUUAAUGUUUUUACUUUCUUUUGGAAAUGAAUUGAGAUGGUGUAACUUCCUCUAAAUACUUGCUUGUUAGCUAUUUUUAAAAAUAAUUAACAUAUUUUAUCCAUUGAAGUGAAAAGAUAACAUUAACAUGUCAGCAUCUGCCAAUAUUUUUUAAAACUUUGUUUUGUAUAAUUUUCUUUGAAUAUGGGAUGUUAUUUCCCAAAUAUCUUUUUAAAACAAUUUGUUUUAUUAUUCUUUUUACUCCGGGCAUUACUAAUUCUAAAAAAAAAUUUAUUGCAGACCUUUGAUGAUUUGGAACUUGAACAAGAUGCCGAACAGAUGCCUGAAAAUGCUGAGCAGGAAGAGAAAAGAUGGAGCAAGCGCACACAGCAAAUGCAGCAGAUAUUUGAACAGGCCUUCACUUUCUCAGACACCCUUAGCUUCAAAGAGAUGGCUCGUAACCACAAUAGGAAACAAGCUGCAUCCAGAUUUUACACACUUUUGGUUCUUAAAAAACAUCAAGCCAUCUGCAUAAAGCAGGAAGAGGCUUUUGGGGAUAUUCUUAUCAGCAGGGGCCCUAACUUUGGGGCUGCAUGUUAGCUUUUUUAAUAUAAAAAAUACUUUUUUUUUAAAAUUAAGGGUCAUCCAUGUCUCACAAAAUUGUCUUAUUUAACUUGUAAGCCUAAUUUCUUAUAUUAUAACAUUUAGCCAUCUUUGAAGUUUGCAGCAACAAAAAAAAAAAAAUUCUUCUAAAUAUAUUUGAGGGGGGAUACACAUACUUUCAAGAAUAUAGAAUUAAGCAAUCUCUUUGCAUUAAAUAUAAGAUUUGUUUGAUUUUCAAUUUAAUUUGUACCGGUAUUGUUUUAAAUAUCUAUUAAUAUAAAAACAAAUUUUGAGCAUGUGUCCAUUUGUCUAGAGGUGUAAAAAUUAAUGGAUGUCCCCGUUAUUGGGUGCAUUUUUAAUCAUUUAAGGGUAAAUGAAAUUGAAUCUGAUUAUAAAUGUGAGAGCUUGUUGAAUGGUCAUGCAUGGUGUUUGCGCCUGGGUAUGUUUGAUUAUGGCUGAGACUUGAGUUUAUCUUUCAUUGAACUCUAUAUAUCUGAAAUUGACUUUUUUUAUUACUAUGUUACUGUAAAUGUAAUGACUGUUCAUCCCUUCUGUAUUUACUGCAUUAUUUUAACAACUCAUCUUUAUCAUCUGCCAUUUCAUGAUUUUAUUUAUUGAAUGCUUUAACCUCACAAAAGGGAAAAAUAACAAAAAUAAAUUUAAGACUUUCUUCCUAUUUUAAUUUUUUUUUAUACCUCUGUGAGGUGUUUGUUACACAAUCUUAAUGGGCUUUAGAACCGGAAAUACUAUUAACUUUAUUGGUCUUCAUUUUAAGUAUUGGUUAUUUUUUCAUUACAAAUUAGAUGCAAGCAUAAGAAGUCAUUCAUAUUUGUUUGAAACUAUAGUCCAGCCCUCAACAGGUCCAUGAACCUUAGGUAGGUGGUCUGCACAAUAUAAAUAUUAAGGUCAAAUAAAAAGAAAAUAUAAUGAAUAAAUCUCCCACUUUAGUGUAAUUUCAAAACUUGUCUGCCAAACUUGAAAGUUUGUUAACCGCUGCUUUGGAAUACUUAAGCAGUCAUUUAUAGUACCCAAUCUGUUAUUUAACCAUUAUCCUACAUGUUAUAGAUGACUUAUUGGGAGAAACUAAAUUUAAUAAAAGUAUUCAUAGCUUUCAAGGUAAAAAAUUGCUAAUUUGUGUGAAUUGUCUGCUCCACGCUUCCCUAACUAUGCUGUCGAAAUUCAGGGAUAAUAACAAUCCCACUAAAAGUCGAUGCAUGGAAUGUGGGCACUCUACAGCUUUUAUAGUGCUCCAUUAUUAUAUAUACACCUACCUAACAUCAUGAUUUGUUGUGUUCUUAUGUCAAUCAUGGGUUAAGAAAGCACUUUGACAUAUAUAUAUAUAUUUUAGUGGUACAGCUUAUUGAAUUUAUGUCAUAUGGUUCAUUAAGGGAUCCAACUGGCCAAGUACAGCGCCACUGCUGUAAUUUAUUAAUUUUGUGAACUUGUCACCCAAAAAUAUAUAUUUACAUAAUUAUGUCAAUUAACUGUGAUAAUUGAAUUAAAACCAAUCACAAAUCUUUGAUAGACAAGUUUCAGAAGAAAAGUAUGCAAACAAAUUUGCAAUUUUGUAUCUUUGUCUGAAGGAAGUCCUUCAAAAUGAAAUGUUUAAGGGAUAGUAAUAUUUAUUUCUGCAUUCCUAUACAUCUUUGCCUGAGUGUUUCCUUUCUACCAUAAAAGUUCAUAGAACAUUAACAUUAUUAUCAUUUUAACAAAAGUUGUUUGUGUAUUUUACAAUGACUUUGUGUGUAUUUUUACAAUGACUUUGGCUUGCAAGUUGAGGCCUUGAUAAUUUUUUUAUAUUUCUUUAAUUAAUGGUAUAAAUAAAAUGUAAUAGAAAGUCCAAAGUUCCAGAAUGACUGUUUCCUACAGAAGUCAGCCGUUUGUGUUCAAUUUUAUAUUAGAUAAAAAUUGGAUUUGUUGACAUGGAGGCAGCAAGUGUGUGAAUGCAGUCUGGCUUAUUCAUACUCCCCAUUUUCUCUUAGUUAGCAUUGUUCAUUGACUUUGCGUUAUCAUUUGUCAUUUCAAUAUUGUCAUUUAUUUCAUUAAAGAUAUUAUAUUGGACAUUG